GGUUGUGUUGAACGCUCAUUUCUUGUUGGAUUUCUGCAGAUUUUAAAGAAUAUUUUUACAGAUAAAGUACAGGGCUUAAUUGGAAGGCUGCCAUGGCAACAGGCACAAGCAAAACCCCUAUUUUGUUCAUGCCAACAACACUUCCAGGACCUCCUGCCACACCCACAGUUCUUACAAGUCCCUCACCAGCAGCAGGCCCUGUCAGCAGCUUUGAUUUGGACGACAACCAAAAAAGAUGGGUUGUGAUUGGAAUCACAUUAAACAGGCUUCUAUUACCAGUUCUCCGUGACUUUGCUGGCAAGGAACUUGCCAAACACUACACGUCAUUGAAGAGCACAAGUGGAAUACAUACACAGGUCUAUUCCAAGCACACGAAGAAAGAUGGAUCAUUUGAAUUAAACUAUGGCAGCAUUAACAACAACUGGGGAAAAUUCAAGAGAAAGGUGCAUCGAUAUGAUUACAAAGUGACAUCUGCUGAGGAUCUGGCCAAACUUUAUCUUGAACCACACAUGGCCAAGUUUACUGGUUUUGAUGACACAUGUGACUUAUCAUCAGUUUUAGGAAUGCUGUCGAACUCAUCCGUUUUUCACACUCGCAUCCAAACAAAUGCCAAGGAUGUGCGUUCCAAAGUAAGAAAUUAGUGGGGACACUGUAACUUUGAUCACUGGAAUCAACCGGACUUCAACUACAGUUUCCAACUCAUGGAGACAUUGACUCGUUCUUUGGGCCUUACAGUAGCUGAUGAAGACAAAUUACGUGAUGAGCUUCGGGAGUGGGAGACCAAGGGUUUGAAAUUGUGCAUGGGUUGUCCAGUGGACAAAGAUUUGAUGAAAUUUGUCAGCAUUGAGGUAACCAACUUAGCACAGAACGUAGAAACCAUUACGAAAUCCGAUGCUGAUGAAGCCAAGAAGAUAAGAGAAGCUCUUCGAGACGCCACAGAUGAAAUAAUGAAGUUUGAUAAACGUAUAGUGGACAUAGAAAGCCGACUGGAGGAAGGGCACCAAGCGCAAACAAAAAAGAACAAAGAAUUCUCAUCAGUAAUUGAAGAUAUUUUUAACAACAUGACAAAAAUAGAGGAACGCCAAGAUACAAAUGAAGAAAACAUUUUUUUGUUAGAAGAAAGGCACGAUGAGCUAGAAUCCACAGUAACCUCUUUAAAGGACGGACAGAGUGCCUUAACCUCAAAGGUGGAGAUUUUAGAGGUCGGACAAACUCAGUUAGAUUCUCGGCUGAAAAAGUUAGAAAAAGGUAAUGCCAUUGCCACAGUCGAUUCUAAAAUUUUGCAUCUGCCCAGUCGCAAUCGUUGCUUUUGUGGUCGUGAAAGUGAGCUACAACGAAUUGCAGCGCAACUGAAAAAUAUUGUGAGGGGUUGUUCGGAAUCAGCAAUUUGCGGUCUCGGCGGUGUAGGAAAAACAUCUCUGGCUGUCGAGUUUCUCUGGCGACAGAAAGACAAGAAGGAAUAUCCCGGUGGUAUUUUCUGGAUUUCGGGUGAAAAAAAAGACCUUUUCGAAUUGUCUGUCAGCGAGAUGGCACGUCAAAUUGGAACUUUUGAUGACAAAGACUUUUCCAAUUCGCUGUCAAGAACCUUGGACUGGUUGGGAAAGCGUGAACAGCUGUGGUGUCUAGUGGUUGACAAUCUGGAUGAGUUAGAAAUGUCCAUGGAUAUGCGGAAGUUGCUGACUGGUCGUUGGAAACAAGCCGCCCGUGGUCAUAUCAUCAUAACCACAAGAAGAGAAGCAACAGAAAUCGGCGAAGAAACAGAAAUAGAAGAAAGCUCUUGUAUUGAGUUGAAAUGCUUCACAGAGGAAGAGGGAGUUCAAUUUUUAAAAUCACGAAGUGGGACAGCCGGACAAGACAGUGAUUUUCGUGAGCUGGUUGAAGAGCUUGGUGGACUGCCUUUAGCUCUUGAUCAAGCUGCUGCUUACAUUCGAUGUCUUCGCCAGCCUAUCAAAGAAUAUCUGAAGAAGUAUAGGAAACAAAAGAUGCUUCUCUUGAAAAAGAAGAAGGCUCGUAAUCUGGUGGAAAAUACACCACCUGAGCGACUGGCUGUCCACACAACAUGGUUGUUAAAUUUUAAGCACGUCAAUCAAAUGUCAGAAGAUAUGGAUCUUGGAGAAACCCCCUCUAUCGUAAUGAAAAUUUGUGCCUACCUAGGUCCCGAUGACAUUCCAUACCAGGUGAUAAACGAAGGACUCCACGUUGUAGGAACUUCUAAGGUAGUAAGUGAUUUGUGGGAUGCAGCCGAGAUAGUGUCUCUUCUUACUAAGUUUUCCCUUUUUCAAAGGCAUGGGACAGAUUCUUUCAGCGUUCAUCGUCUGGUGCAAGACGUCAUCCAAAGUGAGAUUGAAAAGGACGAAAUUGAACUUCGUGUACUUUGCUGUGCCGUGCACACACUUAACCAUGCACUAACAAAAACGCUCUCCCCAGCGGAAGUCUGCCGAAGUUUCGUUGAAGAUGCGGUUUUCAGUGUUGAGAAUCCUCCUUCGUUACAACUGUGGGGCAAGUUGGCUUCGCACUCGACCUACUUGCAAGAACAUUUGCGUACCUACGUAACAAAACAUGAAAAUGAUGUCGAGAGCUUGCAUAGUUUGCUCUACACUGAUGCAACUAUUCGUAUCUUUAACGAAGCAGCGAUAUUUUUUGGUGUUUCGCAUCAGAAUGUGAAAGCUCAGGCCAUGCAAAAAAAGAAACUAGAGUUGCUAGUACACCUUGAAAAGCCGACUCUUGAGGAAGAUUGUACCUUGCCUCAUUACUUUGUUGAUGUACCUUUGAAAGACAAGGACCACAAGGUGAUAACGUGUUGUAUGAGAAACCCUCCUCCUGAAAACGAGGCCUUGGCUGAAGAAGAUUCUGUUUAUAAUGAGAGGAAGGUGGAAGGCGACCAACUGAGAGAAAAAGGGAACGAUGCAUUUAAAAGUAGAAAUUUCCAAGAGGCACUGCGUCUUUAUACAAGAGCCAUUUAUCUGUGGCCUGAAGACCACCAGUUGUUUGGUAAUAGGGCCCUCUGCCAUUUAAAACUUGGAGACCCAAGAAAAGCUCUGGAAGAUUGUAAAAAAUGUCUUUAUCUAAAACCUGGUUACAGCAAAGCACUUCAACGGAAAGCUUGGGCUCUGCGAGAACUUGUAGAAGGUGGAAAUAAUGAGCUUGGAGGGCAGAAACGUGCAGCAAUAGCAGUCGCCCUUCACUUCGAUCCCAGUCUUCGCCAAGACAAAACGUUUUGUCAGAGGUUUCCUGAGGUACCAGGACUUCGCGUCAGAGAGAUAAACAAUGAAACUCAGCUGGCGUUUGCU